UUUAUAUGCAGACAAAUCAAUCAGAGCAUCUGACAGCAGUUGUGCAAAGUGACAGGCACAAGCCCCCCAUUUUAGAUCCACCCUAAAAAAACUAAUAUUUAUUGCCGAUUCCAUCGCUAAACAACAUAUAUAUUAACAAAGCUAUUAUACUACUAAUACCACGCCAUCGGAAUUCAGCAAACAGCAGCAUAAUGUAUUGAUUGCAUCAGCGGUGAUGGAGAUCUCUCAGCCCCUAAAACGCUUGGCUGUUAGUUGACUUUCCAGGCCCAGGAGCCAGCCUCUGCGUGCGUGUGCAAGUGUGUGUGGGGUCGCCUUUUUGGAGAGAGAAUCCUCUUCUCUAACAAUGGAUAGGAGUCAUAAAAGACUGUGAAUCACGCAGAUUGUACUGCGAGCGAAUAACUUUGGGGGAAAAAAGGGUUGUGUCGUGUCUUGUGGAGGAAAUAUCAUAUAAGAGCCAGAGCCAGGCUGUUAAGAGUUCGGUGGGGAUGAUAUCACAAAGUGCAAGGCUCCUGAGAGCUUUUGUGAGUUCCGUUGUUUCCCAUGUUGCUGUCUCUGAGUCCUGAGACAGUUUUUUCUUGGGGUAUUUCAGGAAAAGUGUAAGAGUGAAGAGAAAAUAAAUAAAUAAACCAACCCGACUCAAGAAUCUCCUAGAAUCUUUACAUGAGUAGUGUUUGAAGUUUGAACUUGGACGAGUGGAGACUAGAGAAUCCCCACAACUCCCUCAAUUGGAUAUUCUACCUCCUUCAGAUAAUUUGCGGAACCUCGAACUUCUAAAAUUCAGAGGAAUAAAAUCUCAAAGCAGUGGGGUUUUGAAGAAGGAUCAGAAUGGAAGAUGGCGUUUUAUCACCCGAUACCAUGCUGGAUGCUCUGCCCGAUUCAGGUAUGGAUUUGGACUUCAUGGACAAUAUCUUUUUCGAUGGAUUCUGGCUGGAAGCGACAGAUGGAUCUGAAUUCCUUCAUCACAGUCCCUCUAGUUCCGGUGCCCUCUUAGUCCCUUCAUUUGAAUGGCCUGCUUUGGAGGCUAAUGGCAACUUGAGAGCCAACCCAUCCCAAAAGGACAAUGAAUCAAAAGAAAGAAGUUUGGUCAAUGCCAUAUCUCUCGAACAGAAUAUGAUUAAUGUUGCUGGGUGGUCUCGUGAAUCAGAAAACAAUGUAAUUGAAGGUUCUGAACGGGGCACGAGGUGGUGGAUUGCACCCAGCGGGAAUCCAGGUUGUACUAUUUCUGUAGCACAGAGAUUAAUCAAGGCAGUUGAGUACCUUAGAGAACUAACAAGAAAUAAAGAUGUUCUUAUACAGAUAUGGGUGCCUGUGAAUAGAGGGGGUAGACGUGUUCUAACAACCAGUGAUCAGCCUUACUCUCUUUAUUCCAGCUGUCCAAGGCUUGCAAGAUACCGGGACAUUUCUGGGAAGUUUCAUUUCUCAGCCGAGGAGGAUUCUAAGGAGUCGGUGGGAUUACCUGGUCGAGUUUUCUUGGGUAAGGUUCCUGAGUGGACGCCUGAUGUUCGAUUCUUUAGAAGUGACGAGUACCCAAGAGUUGGUCAUGCUCAAGAGUUUAAUAUUUGUGGAACUCUUGCCCUUCCAAUCUUUGAACAAGGUAGUAGGACUUGCUUGGGAGUUAUUGAAGUUGUGAUGACUACACAGCAGAUCAAGAUUCGCCCUGAGCUUGAAAGUGUCCGUGAGGCACUUGAGGCUGUUGAUCUUAGGGGUUCUGAUGCUUUGAGCACUGAUAAUGUGAAGCAGGCAUGCAACACGGCCUACCAAGCUGCAUUACCUGAGAUUCAAGAGGUUUUGAGAUCUGCUUGUGAGACACAUAGAUUGCCCUUAGCUCAAACUUGGGUUCCGUGCAUUCAACAAGGUAAAGAGGGCUGCCGGCACUCCGAUGACAACUAUGUGGAUUGUGUUUCCACAGUGGAUCAUGCUUGCAUUGUAGCUGAUCCCAAUAUGCUGGGUUUUCACGAGGCUUGCUCUGAGCAUCACUUGUUAAAGGGUCAAGGCAUUGUUGGGGGAGCAUUUAGGACAAAUCAACCAUGUUUCUCAACUGAUAUAACAUCAUUUAGCAAGACAGAGUACCCUCUGUCUCAUCACGCAAGGGUGUUUGGAUUGCAUGCUGCUGUUGCAAUACACCUGCGCAGCAUCCACACUGGUACAGCUGACUUUGUUUUGGAGUUCUUCUUGCCCGUGAAUUGCACUGAUCCUGAAGAGCAAAAGAAUAUGCUCAGUUCAUUGUCCAUUAUUAUACAACAGGUUUGCCAGAGUUUACGGGUUGUAACAGAUAAGGAGCUACAGGAGGAUACUUAUUUGCCUGUUAAUGGCAAACCUAGUACAGAAGAUAUGUUACAUGAGAAGUCCAGAGAGUUUUGGCCAUGUCAGCCGGAUUCUAGCCUAAAACGAAAUGUUGAAUUUGGUGAAGAGUGUUCUGCAUAUGACGAGGGUAGCUUCCCAAGUAUGGGUAUGGGUAUGGGUAUGGGUAAAGCAGGAGAGAAAAGACGUACCAAGGCGGAGAAAAACAUCACCUUGGAAGUUCUUCGGCAAUAUUUUGCUGGCAGUCUAAAAGAUGCUGCAAAGAGUAUUGGAGUAUGUCCAACGACUUUGAAAAGAAUCUGCCGACAACAUGGGAUUAAACGGUGGCCUUCUCGAAAAAUUAAGAAGGUUGGUCACUCCUUACAGAAACUCCAACUUGUAAUCGACUCGGUCCAGGGUGCAUCUGGUGCUUUUCAAAUAAAUCCCUUGUACACAAACUUCACAGAGCUAGGCUCUCCAAAAUUAUCGGGAACCUGCUCAUUUACAGCUUCAAAGCUCAGUGAUCACCUGCAGCCAUCAAGCAUAAAGGCUGAGGGUGAGUUUUUCAGCCCUGAAGCUGUAGCGUCAAAAUCACCCUCCUCAUGCAGUCAGACUUCGACAUCAAGUCAGUGUUGUUCCAGUGGGGCACAGCAGCAUCCUCUUAUGUGUAACGUUGGUGGUUGUGAAGUGGUUGGAGAAAACCACGGUGAUGGUGUGCUAAAGAGGAUCAGUAGUGAAGCAGAGAUCCAGGCCACAAAUCAAGGACCAAAGCUCCUUUCAAGAUCCCAGAGCCAUAAAUCUCUCAAUGCCAAGAACCUUACAUCCUCACGGAAGAAUAGCGCUCGGGUAUUUCAAGAAGGAUUUGCUCAGAAAGUAAAAGUCACAUAUGGAGAAGAGAAAGUCCGUUUUCGCAUGCAAAACAAUUGGAGUUACGCAGAUUUAUUGCUAGAGAUUGCCAGGCGAUACAAUAUCGAAGACAUGAGUAGAUUUUAUAUCAAGUACUUGGAUGAUGAUGCCGAGUGGAUCUUAUUAACAUGUGAUGCUGAUUUGGAGGAAUGCAUUGAUGUCUGCCAAUCAUCACAUAGCCACACUAUCAAACUCUCCCUCCAAGUUUCUCAUCAUAAUUUGGGAAAGUCUUUAGGCAUCAGCGGCCCUUCUUGAUUGUAAAAUGCCUGAGUAGUCAUGACAAGGUCUGCAGAGUUUCAAGUUCAAAAUGGAAGUUUCUCAUCAUUAGUAGCAAAUUCCUUAGACUACAGUAACCAACCUUCAUUGUAAAAUGAUCCGAGUAUGAUGAUGAGGUCUUCGGAAAUUCCAGUACACGAUGGUUCCAAUCCUUACAGUAAUUUUGGGCUGGUGACUGGAAUUAGUGGCCAUAGAAUGCCCGGAGGGAGGGGGGGGGGGGGG